AUGCAUUUUUUGUCCACCUUAAGUUAUUGGAUAUCUUUAACUGACUUAUCAGUUAUUAUAAGUAUUUUUAAGUUAAAAAAUGUAGGAAAUGUUAUUCUGCUUCAUUGUUUUGAAUUGCAGCAUUUUCAUCAGGUUCAGAAAAUGUUUAUAGAAAAUAACAUGCGGGUAUCUGUAUCUCAUAUAAAUGAUAUUUCUGCACAUAAUUGGUUGUAUCAGUAUUCAAGGUUAGGUGUAAUUGUUGACACAAGCUGUAACCUUUGGGAAACAAGUUUCAGUGCCUUCCAUGAGCCAUUCCAAAGCCCUCUCUCAUGGAUUUUGAAAUCUGAUAAUUUUUCAAAAACAAAAGACAUUUUAUCUCAAUAUCCUAUUGAGUUUAACUCCGAUGUAAAUGUAUUAUUAAACAGGAGUGGUUCUUACAAAAUUUAUGACUCAUACAAUAAAAGAUACAACCGCAAGGACAGUUUUAUUCUCAGUGAAAUCGGAUAUUGGGAUGGAAACUUAUCUCUAUUGACCAAACGCAACAAACAGUUGACAGGAGUUAGGCUACAACUAACUGUUGUAUAUCCGGAUCCUAUAAGCAAUAUAACGUUUAAUCAUUUUCUAAAUCUACACAAGAAAUCCCAAAUCGACUCGCUACAUAAGCUCAAGUUUUUUACGCUCAUGAUGUAUUUACGAGAUAUGUACAAUUUCACGUAUAAUCUCCAACGCACAGCGUCUUGGGGAUACUUGCACAAUGGCAGUUUCGAUGGGUUAGUAGGAGCUUUACAGAGAAAAGAGUCCGAUAUUGGAGGAACUUCUGUUUUCUUUAGAAAGGACAGAUCUGAAGUUAUUGACUAUGUUGCUGAAACUUGGGGAAGCAGAAUUUGCUUCAUUUUCCGCCACCCAAAGCAUCCGGGUGGUAGUUUUGCGAUUUACGCUCGACCUCUUGUUAACGCGGUCUGGUACAGCACGGUUGGACUAUUGCUAUUUAUCGGGGCUUUUCUCUACGGUCUCCUUAAACUUAACACAUUUUUAAGGCUAGGAGGAUCGGAGGAUACUACACCAUCGCUCACGGCUUUAUUUGUUUUUAGUGCUUUAGGACAGCAAGGAAUGUCAAUACAUAGAGGAUCAACAGCGGUGAAGAUUACGAUAUUUAUUACCUUUAUGUUCACGUUGACAUUGUAUCAGUACUACAAUGCAAUGCUUGUGUCAACUUUGUUGCGUGAACCUCCUAAAACAAUUCGUACUUUAACAGAACUAUUAAACAGCAACCUGAAGAUAGGUGUGGAAGAUGUGGUCUACAAUAGAGAUUAUCUAAAGCACACAACCGAUCCCGUUGCAAAAUCUCUGUAUCGUCAGAAAGUACUGACGGCGAGAGAAAACAAUUUUUAUCCACCCAUAAAAGGCAUGGAACUAGUUAAGUCUGGAGGCUUUGCUUUCCACGUCGAUACGAUUAUUGCGUACCCUAUAAUGCGGUGGUCGCUAACGGAAUCCGAGAUUUGUGAGGUCCAAGAAGUUUACAUGAUACCUCCGCAAAAGAUGGGGGCGAUACUGCAAAAGCGAUCGCCUUAUAAGGAGCACGUCAGUCUUGGAAUAAGAAAAAUGUUGGAAACUGGAGUGAUGAGCAGAUUGAAGGCAAUAUGGGACGAAGCGAAGCCUCCCUGUAUUCGUACACCAGAUACACGCGCUUUUUCAGUCGACAUACAAGAGUUUUCUACUGCCCUUAUUCUGCUUGGUAUCGGAAAUAUUCUUGCUCUUACUGUAUUAGUUAUUGAGAAUAUUGUUUUUAGAGCCAGCAAAAAUAGUAAAUUUAUCGCAGAAAUGCCUACCCUAAAAAAACCUAGUUUUUGAAAAUUGAGGUUAUCUUAAAAGUCAAAUUAAUAGAUAAAUAUAAAUAAAAUAUCGCAAUAAGUUAUCAUUUAUCUCACGCUAUUAAGAUCACAUUUUUAUAGUUGGUAACAAUUCUAUUAGCUCGCAAUAGUUAUUAGAUAUGUAAGAGGAACAGAAAAGUGGAGCAAGAAACUUCUAAACUGGUGCCCAAGGUAGAAUAAAUGAAAUAGAGGAAGACUACUUAGGAGGUAGAACAAAUUAAGGAUACAGCAGGUGGUACGCGGCUGAGAGUGGCACAGUGUAGACAGAAAUGAUGGGAUUUGGAGGAGGCCUUUGACAAGAAAGGCCACACAGAUACCUAACAAAAGCAGUUAAAAAUAUAAAUGUGUUUAAGAGUAAACGUAUCUGAAAUAAGUGGCUAUUAUUAUUCAGUUUGUGUUGUGUUCGCCUGUAAAAGGAUGCACAAUAAGUUUUUAUUGUUAUU